GGACAUGGCGCUUUUUGACUGGACAGACUACGAGGACAUGAGGCCUGAGGACAGCUGGUCAUCCAACAAGAAAAAAGGUAUGACGCUGUUUUCGAAUAUUUUUUUUCCUUCAUUGCUAAUGCUAGCCAGCUGGCUAACAUGAACCACAUCUGAGAGGAUUUUUAGUAGCAUUCUGUUAGGUUUUGAUCUGUCUGUGCCGAAGGAGGUUGAAUUGACAAAGUAUGAUCUAGGAAUGUCGACCUCUGCCGCAUAAGAGAUUCUGCCUCACGGAUCGAUCCGGGAUCAAACAGUCACUGACACAGACACAGCUGUUCAGAGAUGUUUCUCAGUUUAUUUUAGGAUAAACAUGAGUAUAUAUUCACAUUCAAGAGUGUGUUGUAGCGAUGUGAUUGGAUGAUGAUGAUGAUGAUAUUGACAAAGCUGAGUUAUCUAUGUAUAACAUAAAUGGGUGAUGAAGCAUUACAUCACUGGUUUAGACUGCACUAUUGUAUGAAAGAAGAGAGAUAUUAUGUACUAUUACACCACCCGUCAGGAUCAUAGUCUUAUGAAAAGAAGAAAGACAUUACUGGUCAACAUGACCUUCAUUAAUCAGAGAACAGAAUGUGCGAGCGAAGAUAAUUCUCAAAGAUUUAACAAACCAAAACAAGUAGCAAUCAGGACUGCCUGUACCAGUUUCAAGAACAAGUAGCAAUCGGAACAGCCUGUUCCAGUUCCAAGCAUGCCAGACAAAUAUUUUUAUCACAUCCAUAAAUGUGAUAAAAUGUUAGCCAGAUUGGUUCGAGCUGCCAGGAAGGAUAUAGCAACUCGUAUAAUCACUCUUUACGACUGUGGUGAGCAGAAAAGCAUCUCAGCAGAAAAGCAACAGCAGAACACCACAUUGGAUUCCACUCCUGCAGACAAGAACAGGAAUCUUAGACUCAAGAACGAGUUCCUAUUAAAGUGGCCGUUGAGUGUAGGCGUGUAGACAGUGCUAAAAAUGCUAGAUAGAUGCCAAUUUUUCUCACAGACACUCACAGGGGAAAAAAGGCUGAGCAAGCGAGAAAGAUCUCCGCAGUCGAUACCGAGUACACCACAGAAGCGAUUGCUAAGAUAAUUAUGUAAAAAUAAGUUGAAGGGCUCUUUAAUAAUCAAAUCUUCUCGAUUUCCUGAGUGCCAUUCUUGCAUGAAGAAAUCAAUAAAAUAUUUUAAUUACUACAGGUCAAUGUGACUGUCAGCAGGUUGAAAGCAGACACAUAUUCAGCUUUCGUAAUGUCGUUAUUGAUUCAUGAAAAUCGUUUCGCAGAAGUAAGAACAUGGUGCUGUUUUACUGUUUUGUGUUUGCUGAUCUUUUUCGACAAAGAUAAGCGGCGCAGCAGGAACAUGAGCAGUGGUAAUGUGACCAUGAGCACAGAUGAUGUUGAACCAUGUGACCAUCACCUCGACUGCCUGCCUGGGUCCUGCUGUGACCUCAGACAUCACGAGUGCAAACCACAUAACCGUGGUCUGAACAACAAGUGCUACGAUGACUGCAUGUGUGAAGAAGGUUUCCGAUGCUACGCCAAAUUCCACCGCAAGCGAAGGGUGACCCGGAGACGUGGCCGCUGCGUGGAACCCGAAUCGGCUAACAGCGACCAGGGAGCUUUCAUCACAAUCUGAUGAGAGAGACGGACAGAGAGACGUACACGAAGAACGGAUCACGACCCUACAACCCUGUACCUCCUUCUAAAGACUUCAGAUGGACUAAAGCUGAAUUGAAAAGUUUAACGAGUCCAAAAAAAAAAAAUCUGACAAACUCGCCUGUGUGUUAAAGUGCACUGUGUACCAACAUUACUCACAUAUGAUUUCAUCUCUCAACUGGACUCUUUUGUUUUUUCAUUUUCUUUAUCUUUUUUGUUAACUGAGAAUGCAUUUUCUAAAACCUAUUAUGCUGUAAUCAUUUAUUGCAGUGAUGUGGUGGAGUUUUUGCCUGUUUUUUUGUUUUGUUUCUGAUUUGCUUUGUAAGAUUUAUUAUUUAUGCCACACCUAUGUGUCACUGGAAAACAUCAAGGAGUCUUUUGUUGAGUUCAAUAAAAUGGGACAGAACAAUUUAUGUAAUAUUUCUCAUAAUAAGAUUAUCAUUUAGUAUAAAUACACAGAUGAUUAUAGAAAAUCACGUGUGCUGAUUGGUCGAGAAAUUCGGACUGUUUCUCGAUAAUCACCUCGAGCGACUCGGCAAAAUGGCGGCCGAUUGCGUCGUCACCAUAAGUGAGGAAGAAUUACAAAUGAUGAAAGAAAACGCUGUUCCUAAAAGCACUAAAGAUGCUAUAUGAAGUUUGGUCGAAAACUAUUCAAAGGUAAAGUGGGAUUGUGAUUUAUUUUAUCGGUUUCAGAACAAAGUAUUUUAUGUGACUGGGCGUAGAUAAGUGACAAGUCUGCGGCGCGCCUUUAUUACAUUUGCAAGCUGCUUUUGAAGUUUGAAAUAAAUGAUUUUUUCAUACGAUUUUUUUAAAUAAUCACCUGUGUAUUUGCACUAAAAUGAUUAUCAGGCUCAGUGAAUAUCGGUGAAUAAUAACCUUGACUUCAAAUCGUUUAUUAUUCACCAAUAUUCGCUUCAGCUUCGGCAAAUAAUUGUGGAUGACUCAGCUUUUUGUAGACAUUUCAAUUGAUUUCACGAAAUUGAUUCCUCUAAUUGCAUUAGACAUUUUUGCUUGUUUUUUUUUCUUUUUGGAAAUAAUUGCCUGAAUAAAGAAGCAAAAUUUGACAGAAAUUGAUCCAUGUUCGAAAUCCUCCUGAGACCUGAGGGUUUUUUUUUUUUUGCUUGAAAUGCAUUUUAACUUGUAAAAUGUAAUGUCCUCAUAUGAGGAUGCAGGGUCUCAGGAGGGUAUAUGUUUUUGGCUUGUUAAAUUUUAGCAGUGUAGGAAAAAAAAAGAACAACAUCUGGAAGGAUAUGGAGAUCCAUCGUUUUUUUCUUCCUUCAGUGAUUUGUUUUCCUCUCCUGGCUUUAUUUUAAUGAAGGGUUUUUCUUUCUUUCUUUUCUUUUUUUUUUAAACAGAGCUUGAGAUGACCAUCUGGACUUCAUUUGGUCCAUUGAAUACAGACUAAGUGUAUUUUGUGUGUGUGUGUGUGGUUUUUUUUUUUAACUUCAA